AUGAGUGCUGUGAGGGGAGCUACGUGUCGGUGGGUCCGGGUUGUAAUAAACCAGCAUUUGGCUGCACGGCCCUGGCAGUCUUACACUGCAGUCUGGAGUUUUGUCAGAGCUACUAGCAGUGUCUCACAAGAAAGUAACAACUCUAAAAAAACACCUUUAAAAAAACCAAAAACACCCCAGGGGCGGUUUGACGAAGUUGAGAAAUCUAACAUGGAGAAAGAACCAUUGGAAAGAUUCCCUGAUGAUAUAAAUCCUAUUACUAAGGAGAAAGGUGGGCCCAGAGGACCAGAACCUACUCGCUAUGGAGACUGGGAGAGAAAGGGUCGAUGCAUUGACUUUUAA